CCAAUAAAGCAGUCAUUCAUCUCUCCCACGUCUUUUUCCUCAACCUUCAGUCCCCUUCCUCUCCUCACUCUCUCUUAAUUCUUUUUCUCUAAACUUCUCUGUUCGUGUUAAGGGGUGCUCUGAGAUCACACUUAAAAAUGGUGAAAGCAGUUGUCGUUCUUAACAGCAGUGAGGGUGUCAACGGCACCAUCUACUUUACCCAAGAAGGAGAUGCGCCAACCAAUGUAACUGGAACUAUUACUGGUCUUAAAGCUGGAAAGCAUGGUUUCCAUGUACACGCCCUUGGUGACACAACCAACGGUUGUAUGUCAACUGGACCACAUUUUAAUCCUGCUGGUAAAGUCCAUGGUGCUCCUGAAGAUGAAGAGCGUCAUGCUGGUGAUCUUGGAAACCUCACUGUGGGUGAAGAUGGUAAAGUUGAUGUGAACAUUGUCGACAAGCAGAUUCCUCUCACUGGGCCAAAUUCCAUUAUUGGAAGGGCUGUUGUUGUACAUGCUGACCCUGAUGAUCUCGGAAAGGGUGGACAUGAACUCAGCUUGGCCACUGGAAAUGCUGGUGGAAGAAUUGCUUGUGGUAUCAUCGGUCUUUCAGGUUGAUGACUUGUCAGAUUUGUGCUGGUAAACCUGUUAUAUGUAGUAGUUGAAUAGAGGAUUUACCAUUGUACUGUGGGAAUAAAAGAAGGUGCAUGUGAACUUUUAUUGAACUACUGUUGAGAUCAUGAACUUGGUGGUGUUGUCUGUUCUGUCACCUUCCUAUUCUUAUUUCAUCAGUGUAGCAGUGCUUGAUAUAAUUUCAUUUGUAUCCCAUUGCCUUGGGUUUCUCUUUGAAACACCACAUAGGCCGACAACUCUAUUAGGUGAACCCCUUUUGAAAAUCCAAAAGAUUAAAUAUGAACCCCUUUCG